AUGAUACAUCUGAAUGUUGGUGGUAAAAUGUUUGUUACCUCAAAACAAACCAUGAAAACAGAAGACGGACUGCUGAAAAUAGUCUCUGAAGAAAUUGCUGAAAAAGAAAUAUUUAUAGAUAGAGACAGUAAACACUUCCAUAUCAUACUCCAAUAUCUCAGAUACAGACAACAAGGAGAAACUAUAGCUCCUUCCUUGUUGCCAAACACAAAUUCAGCACUAAAAGAACUUAUCAUGGAGGCAAAGUAUUAUGGACUGUACAAAUUGCAAAAAGUUGCCUUUGAGAAAAGGGAAAAGCUAAAAGAUGUCAACUAA